AUGUCUGAAACUUGGCUGACGUUACUGCUCACGGCAUGGCUCUUGGGCGAAUGCCAGGGCAACUCUCUGGAUGAAUUUGCUCCGCCGGCGACGAGUCACGAAGCUGGCAAAGUCAACAAUGCCACCACGCUGACUCCGCCAGGACUCGCCGCCCAGGGAGAACAGGACUUCGACCGGGACUUCGACCAGGACCCACUGACACCGCAUGCGGCCCCAUCGUCGCAGCGGAAACUCUCGAGAGGCAAGCGCUUUGUGGCCUUUCCCCAGGGUUCAUCAGCUUCGGGCGCUGUCUGUCUGACCACGGGUGUCAUCGGCAACCCCAACCUGCUGUACCUCAGUUUGGGCAUCAAUUGGGGUGUUGCCUACGACCUGCCCAAUGUCACCUGGGUGGUGCAGAAUGCCCACGGCUGGACCACAAAGAAGUCGGCCAAGGCGCAAAUCAAGCGCAGACAUCGACGUGAGCUCUACGGUCGCCUGGAGACAAUGAUAGACAGCCAUGAUUUAUGGUCGCCGCCAACAUUGAUGACUAUGAUGGAACGUGCAGACGACUCCACUCCAUCCGAGUCCUCGGCUCUGGUUACAUCCUCCCAGCUGUUGCACCACCGGCGGUGGCAGCGAGUGCUCAGUCGUCCGAAGCGUUAUCUCAGUUUCCCGGAGGGCUCCUCGCUUUCCGUUGCCGUCUGCUUCACCGUGGGCAUCAUUGGCAAUCCGUAUUACGGCUACAACAGUUUCGGCCUGAAUUGGGGAGUGGCCUACGACCUGCCCAACACCUCGUGGGUCCUUCAGAGUUUGCACGGAUUUUCCACACAUCCCGUGGCACCCGCUGUCCUGCGGAGAAGGUCCAGGAGCGCCAUAUACCAAAAGAUUGAGACCAUUGUGGAUAACAUGGGAUAUAAUGGACGUGACUGCAUUUUGAGAACCCUCUGCGAGAGUCGUCAGUACUUUCAGCGCACCAAGAUGAGCAUGGUUGGCGAAAUGCUUCGUACUAUAUUCAGCCUGCCGAAGCAGAGAAUUUUCACAAGGGAACUGCACGAGAACUCGGAUAUAGUCCACUACGACCAGGCGUAUAGGAAUGCCCACAGCGACGACUGCACCCAGUACAACUGCCACUUCUCAUUGUUGGAACUGGCCUUUGGAAAGUACACGACCCCGCCGAAAAAUUAUUACGCAUAA